GACAAGGAUCAGGGCAGUGAGAGUGAGAGAGGGAGACGAGAGAGAGAGAGAGAGAGAGAGAGAGAGAGAGAGAGAGAGAGAGAGAGUGAAGGGGAGGGACUGUGAACAGCAAGCUGAGAAAAGUGUUACCAUGAGGUUAGCACAUAAUAAAAAAAAAAGAAUAACAAGGAUAAGCUGGGAGAGAAGGACAGAGAAUGAUAGUAACAAAUGAAAAAGGAGGUUUUCACACAGAAAGAUUACUUGUGAAACAGGGAUGACUAUGAUCUGUGUGAGAGCCUGACAUAGUGCUAUCAGUGGGGAGUUCUACAGAGAGAUAAUCUGUUCUGUACAAGGUGUCACAGACAACCACUGACAAGGAAAUCUUCAGCUUCUAAACCAGCAUCAUAUUCCACUUCUGCCAAGCUGCCUGGAACAGUGUUUUCCAGAUCUUCAGUAGUUUAGAGCUGAUGGAAUCUCCAGUGCAGAUUUUUCGGGAGGAGGAGUUUGGCCCCAAGAGACAUCCAAUGGUUUCUACGUGUUCCCCAAGUUGUGUACCUGUCUGCACCUCUAGUUGUUUUCCCAACUCAAGUUUGGUGAUUGGCUGGGGUGACUAUGAAAACGUCAGUGAAUAUCCGGAGUCACCUACACAUGAAAGCAACCACACCACUAUUUCUCCAACAAUUUCGGUCAUCAUUACAGCCGUCUAUUCCAUGGUUUUUGUUGUUGGCUUAGUGGGCAAUGCACUGGUAAUGUUUGUGAUAAUAAGGUACACAAAAAUGAAGACUGCAACCAAUAUUUAUAUAUUUAACCUGGCAUUGGCAGAUGCUCUAGUGACAACCACAAUGCCUUUUCAAAGCACUGAAUUCUUAAUGAACUCCUGGCCUUUUGGAGAUAUUCUAUGUAAAAUAGUUAUCUCAAUUGACUAUUAUAAUAUGUUUACCAGUAUAUUUACUUUAACCAUGAUGAGUGUUGACCGAUAUAUUGCGGUCUGUCACCCUGUGAAAGCAUUGGAUUUCCGUACACCUUUAAAAGCAAAGGUCAUCAAUGUGUGUAUCUGGAUGCUGUCAUCUUCUGUUGGAAUAUCAGCCAUUGUACUUGGAGGCACAAAAAUGAGUGACGGUAUCACAGAAUGUGCUCUUCAAUUUUCAUCAGACUACUGGUAUUGGGACACUGUAAUGAAAAUUUGUGUGUUUAUCUUUGCAUUCAUCAUUCCUGUAUUUAUUAUAACUAUCUGCUAUACCUUAAUGAUCUUGCGGUUAAAAAGUGUUCGUCUACUGUCUGGAUCUCGUGAAAAAGACAGAAAUCUUCGCCGCAUUACCAGAUUGGUGCUGGUUGUUGUAGCAGUAUUCAUCAUUUGCUGGACACCGAUUCAUAUUUUUGUGCUGGUUGAAACCCUUGUAGAUGUAACCCCAGGCAUUGCUGUAAGCUCAAUCUAUUAUUUUUGCAUCGCUCUUGGAUACACUAAUAGCAGCUUAAACCCAAUAUUAUAUGCAUUCCUAGAUGAAAAUUUUAAAAGGUGUUUCAAAGACUUUUGCUUCCCCUCAAAACUUAGAUUGGAUCGGCAAGGAAACAGCAGGGUUAGGAACACUAUACAAGACCCAGCUUACACAAGAGAUGGUGAUCGGACUAACAAACCAGUAUGACUAGCAGUGGAGAUGACUUCCUACACACCUCAAGGGAGUGGUGGAACAAAUGAAUUGGGACUAACUCAGAUAACUUCUGCAGUAUAAUUUUGUCAUCAUUGUCAACCACAGAUGUCAUUAGACCAGUGCAAGAACCUUUUAAGUCUAGAAUCUAGAAUCUAUUGACUCAUGCAUUGUAUAAGGUUGAGUUACAAAUACAGUACUGUACUAUAAAAUAAGUAAUGAUUAGAGUUUGAAAAGAUUAUAUAUAUAUAUAUAUAUAUAUAUAUAUAUAUACAUACAGAAAUGUAUACAUACACGUACACACACAUCUGUAUAUGUACAUGAAUUCACAAAGCUUCAUUUUAUAUAAAAAAUUAAUUUAAUAUUAUAUUCUUGAUCGCUGGGCAAAAUAAAAGUAACAUACAGUAUGUACCUAGAAAUAUUGUACAUGUAAUGUGUCAUAUGAUAUUGUUAUACUGUGGGGCAUUAUUUACCAUUUUUAGCCAUGAAAUAUGUGCUACUGUAUAUGCUAUAUUUGGUAUCCUUCUCAACUAUACUUGAUUAUGUAUAAUGUUUAAUGUUCAAUAUGUUCAAAUCUUACUAAAUAAAAUGUACAUACUGUA